CGUCGCCUCAGCUGGGGAGCUUUGCCCUUCGUCCCCAAAGUUUUUGGGUUCGUUGGAAUUUUUGGAUUGAGGACUUUUCUUUUUUUUUCCACCUGGGAAUUUGAGGGGGAAACUUGACAAGCGGAUCGCACUUUCCUCUCCGCUAGUUCUCUGUCCCCCUUCUUUUUUUUUUUCGAGCAGGGAAAGGGGCUUACGAGAGAGGCUCCUGCUGGCCAAAAUUUUUCAAAGUUUUCCGAGUGUGAUGGUUGCGGGGAGAUCUGAUCCACCAGCUUGAUUCACGGCUUCAUCUAACCACCCCUCGGGAAGCCCCUAAGCCCGCUAUAAGAGAACAAACAAACAAACAAACAAACAAAAAGUUACACUCCGAGUCGCCUCGUGUCUCCUCUCUCUCCUCCUUUAGGCAAUUUUUUUUCUCCGUCUCUCCGCUCCCCUUGCAGCCUCCACUCCCCUUCCCUCGGCCCCUUCCUCCUCUGUUCGGCUGGAGGUGCCAGGACCCCGGCCUCAGCCUCCCCUCCCCCGCCGCUCGCGUCCCUUCUCGUCCGGCCCUCCCCUCCCCCGCCGCGGCCAGCACAGCCAAUCCCCCGAGCGGCCGCCAACAUGCUCUUUGAGGGCUUGGAGCUGGUGUCGGCGCUGGCCACCCUCGCCGCGUGCCUAGUGUCGGUGACGCUGCUGCUGGCCGUGUCGCAGCAGCUGUGGCAGCUGCGCUGGGCCGCCACCCGCGACAAGAGCUGCAAACUGCCCAUCCCCAAGGGUUCCAUGGGCUUCCCGCUCAUCGGAGAGACCGGCCACUGGCUGCUACAGGGUUCCGGUUUCCAGUCGUCGCGGAGGGAGAAGUAUGGCAACGUGUUCAAGACGCACUUGCUGGGGCGGCCGCUGAUCCGCGUAACCGGCGCAGAAAACGUGCGCAAGAUCCUCAUGGGAGAACACCACCUCGUGAGCACCGAGUGGCCGCGCAGCACACGCAUGCUGCUGGGCCCGAACACGGUGGCCAACUCCAUAGGAGACAUCCACCGCAACAAGCGCAAGGUCUUCUCCAAGAUCUUUAGCCACGAGGCCCUGGAGAGCUACCUGCCCAAGAUUCAGCUGGUGAUCCAGGACACACUGCGUGCCUGGAGCAGCUACCCCGAGGCCAUCAACGUGUACCAGGAGGCACAGAAGCUCACCUUCCGCAUGGCCAUCCGUGUGCUGCUGGGCUUCAGCAUCCCUGAAGAGGACCUCGGGCACCUCUUCGAGGUCUACCAGCAGUUUGUGGAGAAUGUCUUCUCCCUGCCUGUCGACCUGCCCUUUAGUGGCUACCGGCGGGGCAUUCAGGCACGGCAAAUCCUCCAGAAGGGCCUGGAAAAGGCGAUCCGGGAGAAGCUGCAGUGCACCCAGGGCAAAGACUACUCGGACGCCCUGGACAUCCUCAUUGAGAGCAGCAAAGAGCACGGGAAGGAGAUGACCAUGCAGGAGCUGAAGGACGGGACCCUAGAGCUGAUCUUCGCAGCCUACGCCACCACGGCCAGUGCCAGCACCUCGCUCAUCAUGCAGCUGCUGAAGCACCCCGCCGUGCUGGAGAAGCUGCGGGAGGAGCUGCGGGCCCAGGGCAUCCUGCACAGUGGUGGCUGCCCCUGCGAGGGCACCCUGCGCCUCGACACGCUCAGUGGGCUGCACUACCUGGACUGUGUCAUCAAGGAGGUCAUGCGCCUUUUCACACCCAUUUCUGGUGGCUACCGCACAGUGCUGCAGACCUUUGAGCUCGAUGGUUUUCAGAUCCCCAAAGGCUGGAGUGUCAUGUACAGCAUCCGGGACACCCACGACACGGCGCCUGUGUUCAAAGAUGUAAAUGUAUUUGACCCUGACCGCUUCAGUCAGGCUCGGAGUGAAGACAAGGACGGCCGCUUCCAUUACCUCCCAUUUGGCGGCGGUGUCCGGACCUGCCUGGGCAAGCACCUGGCCAAGCUGUUCCUGAAGGUGCUGGCGGUGGAGCUGGCCAGCACAAGCCGCUUUGAGCUGGCCACCCGGACCUUCCCUCGCAUCACCCUGGUCCCUGUCCUACACCCCGUGGACGGCCUCAGCGUCAAGUUUUUUGGCCUGGACUCCAACCAGAACAAGAUUCUGCCAGAGACGGAGGCCAUGCUGAGCGCCACAGUCUAACCAUGUCAAGCCCACACCCCCAGCCUCAGCCCAGCCAGGCCCUGGCUGUGGUGGGUGAUGGAAGGGUAGAAACCUGUGUGUGCUGGAACCCAGGGAAGGGGGAGCAGCCCCCAUACCUUGCCCUCCCCCCUUCCCCUCCCUGGCAAACCCUACCCAAAGCCCAGAGGGCCCCAUCCUUCCAAGGAACAGGGGCCCUUCUGGCUCCUGCUUCUUUCCAGUCUCCCCAGCUCCCACAGGCUUAGCCCCUGGGAAAGGGCAGGGCCAGGGGCCCCGCGCUCCCACCACAGGGUUAAACGUCAGCUGGCUUGUGCUCAGCACUGGCUUAGGAUCUUCUGACCCUGUCCGUCCCCUCCCUGUUCUUCUGGGCCUUCUUACUUAAAGAUCAGGUGGUUGACAUGGGGAAAGGAGCACAGAGAUGCCCCCUUUGGCACUCUCUCAGUGCUCCCUCCCCUCCUGUCUUGGCUCAGACUGGCCAGUGUCCCUCCUGGUGUGGCCACUGAGGAACAGCAUCCUGGGUAACAGAACAUAGUCACCCCUGGCAGGGCAGGGGCUGCAGCCAGCCUGAAGGGACCCCACCCCUUUGCCAGUUUGGACAUUUAAAAUUACCUGUUGCUGCUACUUUUUCUCUUCUGACCUUGGGGCAAAGGAACCCCAGGCUCUGUCCUCCCAGCAUCGCCCCUGGUGGCCCUGGGCACAAGCACUGACAUCCCCACCUGCCCACCAGGCAGCCUUGAGCCCACCCUGUUCCCCACCACACACACAUCCCCAAGGCCCUUGACUCAUGGGCUGCCCCCUGCACACCCUGUCCCCCAUAUUUAUUCACUGAUAUAACUGAAUCUUGGCUAAACGGGGGGGGGGGUUUGAACAAGCAUCUCUCUGUUCCCUAGCCCCUGCCUGGGACAGGACUUCUGAGAGUGAUGCAGUCCCCAGCCUAGGACUGAGCAGCUUCCCCAGGCUCCAGACCUUUUGUGGUUCAAACUCAGAGCCUCCCUCCUAGGGCGAAAUCCAGCACCUCUGCCUUUAUACCCUGGUGGAGAUGGGGAAAUGGCCCACUGCCUGCCUCCCUGCUCUGUCAGAAACCCUGAUCACAUGGGAAUCUGGAGGCUGCCGCGAUCUGCUUGGUCCCUGGUCUCCCCUGUGCCCCCUACUCCGGCUAGUGAGUAUGGGGAAGGAUACGGGUUCUUUCUUCUGAUGGGGAGUGAGGGUCUCCGUCAUCCCUCCCUUGACCCUCAUCUUUUGUUCUUUGCCUUUGGAAAGGUGUCUUUGAAGUCCCUUCCCACCUGUAUGCCACUGUCUACUUAGCCCAGCUCAGGGGGGUGGGGACG